AUGGAAGGUUUGCCUCUUCUACCAGGAUACACAUUCGGAGAUCCUACGAAAACAAGAUAUCACCGUUCCCAGUGUUUUGAUUUUAGAGGAGGAUAUGCCUUCCCAAAGACAACAUGUUUUGGCAUUGGGAAAGAACCUCUUGAUGUGGAUUCAGUAGCAUUCUUGAAAGAUGAUGACACUAUCAAGUGUGAUCCAGUGUUAACAUAUGGCAUCUUAAAAAGACCAGUUUUUCCUUCAUUCCAUCCACAUUUUGAAAUUUAUGAUAAAAAGGCUCUUAAUUUUAAAGCUUACUUCAAACAAUCUGUUUUUGAGUCACCAGUGGAACAUUAUCGUGUAAGGCAUGUCAACAUUGUCUAUUUUCUUGAGAAUGAUACAAUCACUGUCAUGGAACCAGCAACUGAAAAUAGUGGCUUCAGCCAGGGAAGACUUGUAAGGCGUGGAAAAAUCCCAAAAAAAGAUACUGGACAGUUCUGGCACUGGAAGGACUUUAAUAUUGGAAUGGAUGUACCAAUGUAUGGAUUUAUUUUCCACAUAGUUGACUGUGAUGCCUUCACUAAGAAAUAUCUCAUUAGCCAAGGCAUUGAAUUACGACCCCCAGAAGAUAUGCCUCCUGACCCUUACACCAUUACUAGGAAGAUGAGCACUCAGCCUAAAACAAGAGUGACACAUUUUGUUGAUGAUAAACUGCGCCGGUUUCUGGAAUAUGAUCGGAGGAUACUAAGACUGUAUGCUGUUUUAGAAGAAAAUGAUGCUGAAUGUGAAGAAUUAAAACCUUUUAUUAUUUAUUACUUCCUUGUUGAUGACUGUGUUGAAAUCAAAGAGGUCCAUGGGAAGAAUGAUGGAAGAGACCCUGUGCCUUUACUUCUUAAAAAGACCAAGUUGCCCAAAAACUGGAAUGAUUUGCCUGCAACAUUUCCUUCUUCAUAUCUUGAAACGUCAGAGGCAGAAGUCACUGAAUAUUACACACCAGUGGAUUUUUUAAUUGGAAAUACCGUUUCCAUUUUUGGGAGAAGGUUCCUUAUUUACGACUGUGAUAAGUUCACUCGAGAUUAUUUUGAGAAUGUGCUAAGAGUUCCACUAAGAGACCCAAUAAAUGUGUUUAAGAAGCAAACAGUAAAACCGAUGAGGGUUUAUCCUCCACAUCUUGGAUUUGGGACCCCACAGGAUUCACUGCAGUCUUGCCUGUCUCUUAUGCCCAAGCCACCCAAGAAAGAUAUUUUGCGCUACAUUCAGAAUGCAAAUAAGGUUCUGCGAUAUACAGCUGAAAUGGAAUGGUCUCAUCCAGAAGAUGAAGGGCGAAAAUUUCAAAUCUCGUAUUCAUUGAGUGACUGUAAAAUAACAAUUUAUGAACCACCUGUUAGAAAUUCAGGAAUUAUUGGAGGGACCUUCCUGAGGGCCACUCUUGUGCCAAAGGAUGGGGCCAGUCCCGAUUUUCCUGAGUAUUACACUCCUGCUGACUUCUAUAUUGGUGCAGUUGUAACAAUUUUCAAUCAUCGUUUCAAAAUUACGGGUGCAGACCUCUUUGUGUACCAUUACAUGCAGCAAAAUCAGGAUAAAUUUAGCCCUGAUAUUAUUGAUAACAUGCGCAAUUACAUGGUUCGACAAGGAUUUUUGAAAGAAGAGAUCCAGGAGCUCAUGAAGAAAUACCAAGAAGUAGAGGAACGCCACCAAGAAGAAGAGCAAAAGCAUCAAGAAGAACAGGAAAGGAACACUACAAUCACAGAAUCUGGACAUCAUAAAAAAUACAUUACAGUAAGAAUUAUGCUACAUGGCAAAUUAGUAACUCUUAUGAGAUUAAUAAUGACAAACAACAGACAGCGUAAAUGUGAACAGAGAAAGACAAGAAAAAUGAAAAAUCUGUGCUUGGAUAGUGUGAUUAUAUUUGACAACGUUGGUGAUGGUUAUGGUCUGAUGAAAUUGCAAAAGGUGAAAAUCAUUGCUAUAGGAUCGGUGGUAGCCAGAGCCAUACUUAUACAUCAAAUAGUCUUCUCAGACAAUGGAAACUACACGUUUGAAUAUCCACAAUGUGUGCAAAAAAACAAAAUUAUUUCUCAACAGGGAAAUAUUUUAACAUCCAAUAUAAAAUUAGGCAUUAGGAUGCCAUUUCUGAAUCUACCUAUUUGA